AAUUCAUUUAUCUGCAGGAAUGAUUGCGACUAUCAGUCUAGAGCUCACCGCCUGACUGAGGAGGUGAAAGUUGCGCCACAGGAAGAUAAACCGCAAAAGACAAUAUUGCAUGUAUACAUGAUUUUGCGUGUGCAUCGGAUGUGCGGUAUAGGGGAAUUCCUCUCGUCUUAAAAAGUAAACAGAAAACCGGUGGAUUUGAGAGUUUGCUCAGUCGAGUGAGGUCCAAGAGAUAGAGAGAGGGGGAGGAAGAAUAUCUGUGCGUGAUUUUUUGAUUUCUGCUCUCAGUCGUCUCGGCGAGUCUAGACUGAAGAUGCUCUUGGACGCAGGACCGCAGUAUCCCACCAUAGGAGUCACUACUUUCGGCUCCUCACGGCAUCACUCAACAGGCGAAGUCACAGAGAGAGAAGUGGCGUUGGGGAUAAAUCCGUUCGCGGAUGGGAUGGGCGCCUUCAAAAUAAACCACAGCUCCCACGAUAUUGGCUCCGGACAGACGGCGUUUUCCUCCCAGGCACCCGGCUACGCAGCAGCCGCCCUGGGACACCACCACCACCCGACCCACGUUGGCUCUUACUCCACGGCGGCUUUCAACUCCACCAGGGACUUUCUCUUCAGAAAUCGGGGUUUCGGGGACGCCACCGGGGCUCAGCACAGUUUGUUCGCCUCCGGAAGUUUCGCAGGGCCACAUGGACACUCAGAUGCAGCAGGGCACCUGCUCUUCCCAGGGCUCCACGAGCAAGCGGCGAGCCAUGCGUCUUCCAACGUGGUCAACAGCCAGAUGCGGCUGGGCUUCUCGGGGGACAUGUACGGACGGGCCGACCAGUACGGCCACGUUACAAGCCCGCGGUCCGACCACUAUGCCUCGACCCAGCUGCACGGCUACGGCCCCAUGAACAUGAAUAUGGCCGCACACCACGGAGCAGGGGCCUUCUUUCGAUACAUGAGGCAGCCGAUCAAACAAGAGCUCAUCUGCAAGUGGGUCGAGCCGGAGCAGCUGACGAAUCCCAAAAAGUCGUGCAACAAAACUUUUAGCACGAUGCACGAGCUAGUGACCCAUCUGACGGUGGAGCAUGUGGGGGGACCAGAGCAGACCAACCACAUCUGCUUUUGGGAAGAGUGCUCCAGAGAAGGAAAGCCAUUCAAAGCCAAAUACAAACUCGUAAAUCAUAUCAGAGUACACACCGGAGAAAAACCCUUUCCGUGUCCGUUCCCCGGCUGUGGCAAAGUAUUUGCUCGAUCGGAAAAUCUAAAAAUUCACAAAAGGACUCACACCGGUGAGAAGCCUUUUAAGUGUGAGUUUGAAGGCUGCGACAGGCGGUUUGCAAACAGCAGUGACCGCAAGAAACACAUGCACGUCCACACGUCGGACAAGCCAUAUCUCUGCAAAAUGUGCGACAAGUCCUACACACACCCCAGCUCCCUCCGAAAACACAUGAAGGUCCACGAAUCCACCAAUCCAGCUUCGCAACCGUCUCCAGCGGCCAGUUCAGGGUACGAGUCGUCCACACCUCCAACCAUAGUAUCACCGUCCACAGAGAACCAGAGCAGCAGCUCCAUAUCACCAGCAGCCUCAGCAGUACACCACACAACCAGCCACAGCACGCUGUCGUCAAAUUUCAAUGAAUGGUACGUGUAAAUAUUUUUGAAAAAAAAAAAAGAGAGGGAGAAAAGAAAAGACUGCAGAAUUAAAACUGCUUGGAAUCAAAAAGACUUUAUCAAGUCAGCCAGUGAGACAUGGACUGAGAAAACACGGGAGGCCCAAACGAUCAAUUAAAGGCUGUCUUAAUGUCAAUGAAAGAGAAUGCAUGGACAAAAGGAGGCAAGGACAGCCACCAAGUUAAACUUUUUUUUUUUUUUCCCUCGGUAUUUUCUUUGAGUCCUUAUUUUUACUGAGAGACUGCUCAGAAGAGAUCUCAAAAAGCAUGCUAUCUCCGGGUAGAGGCCUGAUUUUUUUUGUACAUAAAGGAUUUCACCCAAGUUGGAAAAAAAUGUAAUAUUGUAUUUUGUAAAUAGUUCUAUCACAGUUUAAGGGAAUUUGUGAAAAUGUGGUCCCUAGAUAUAUGGAAAAAUGAGAUGGUUUUAAGAAUAUUGCGAUGAAUAGACUUCAUUGAAAAGAAUGUUAUAGUUGUGUACCAAAUGUGAAUUAUUCAGUAUUACUACAGUCUACACGUCGACCUAACCGACUCUUAGUAUUAAUGUGCUUUUGUAGCCUAUUCAGUGCAACAUUUUCGUCCAAGGUCCAGUUUGAGUAGCACAGUAUCAUUGUUGUUAUUUAAUGUCAUGUCGAUAAAUCGUGUAGUGAAAGCCUGAAAUUCCGUGUCAAUCUGUUUAUGUACGUGAUAAAUAUAAAAAUCUCUGUCAAUUGCUUUGUCUGAAAGGAAGUAUUAUUACAUGUAAGUAGCUCAAUUUUCCAUAUUUAUCCGCAUGUAAAGGACCGGUAACAUGUUAGAAAUGAUCGGUAUUUAUGGAGAAAUGCGCUCGUAUGUAAAAUUUAGUUUACAAAAAAAUGUUUGGAUACAUUUCGUACUAUAUUAAAGGAUUAAAAAAUA